AUGGAAGACAAGCCGGAAGCGUAUCCCGAUGGACCCAUUUGUGUUUACGACCCGCGAAUAGAUCUGUACCUCGAACCGACGGCAGAACAGGCGAGACAGUAUGAUGUGAUUAUGAACGUGGCGAGUGAGGUGCGGAAUCCCUUGGUGAAGCAUGAUGUGCCUCCACCUUCUCAAGCAAAAGAACCGGAGUACAUUCACAUCCCGUGGGAACAUAACAGCGACAUCGUUCCCGAUCUACUACGACUCGUCAAACUCAUCGACGAGCGAGUGAUGGAAGGCAAACGCAUCCUCAUUCACUGCCAAUGCGGAGUCAGCCGAUCUGCAAGCCUCGUCGUCGCCUAUGGCAUCUACAAGAAUUCAGAUGCCAGCGUGCAAGAAGCAUACGACGCGGUCAAGAAGCGGAGUAAAUGGAUCGGUCCGAACAUGAAUUUGAUCAUGCAACUCCAAGAGUUUCGAUCAAGUCUUGCGAGG